CCAGUGGAUAACGCAAGCAUUCUCACUAUGAACUCUCUGGCUGCCCUUCUCCUAGGCUCCUAUCUGGUGGUUUGCGCCAUGGCCGGUGGUCUUGGAUACGGUGGAGGCUACGGUGGCUACGGAAGCGGCCUAGGCUACGGCGGAGGUCUCGGAGCCGGAGGAGGAGGAGUUGGAGUUGGAAGCAGCGUGGUCUUGCUCAGAGGAGGCCCCGGAUUCGCCAAGACUGUUGCUGGACCGGCGUUCCUCAUCAGGACGGUGCACCACGUUAACAAGGUUCACGGUGGAGGCGCUAUUGUGGCUCACAGCGGUGUCGGAGGCGUCGGCGGUGGUCUCGGUUAUGGUGGAGGAUACGGUGGUGGCCUUGGAUAUGGUGGUGGUCUUGGAUUUGGAGGUGGCCUCAAGUAUGGUGGAUAUGGCUACAAGGGCUAGGUAAGGCGUCCACUUCACGUGCACCCUGAGGCCAGAAUCCAGUGGUGAUAUCGACGGCGACGAAAAGCUUCCCACAGAGACUUUCUUUCCAAAGCGCAGCUUUUUUGGACAAUUGUUCUCUCCGCGAAAAGGCAACGACAAUGUGAACGGUUGAAUCAUCCGAUACAUUCACUUUUCACGUUUCUUGUUCUGCCUCUUGACCUAUCCGCGGCAUUGUUGUCAUUGCUCGUCAACAAGAAGAACAUUGUGACUGAUCAUGAAGCGAAUCUGGAAGCAGCAGCGGAUUCAUGGCUCAACCACACCAUACGCUAACUUAGUCGCUUCGAGCAGCCGCAGAAGAUCGAAGGAUUCUGGAUUCAGCACUCAGCCAAUACGGCGCAGUUAUCGUUACUGCGCACUGUACAUAGCUAUAACAUCACAUGACGUCACAGAUUCAGGGUGUGCAACAACUAAUAAAGAAAGUAUUGGUAAAUA